AUGCAAAAGGUACAUACUGUAAAAAUUGAUAAUGGAGAAAGUGAUGAUUAUAAUUCAACAAAUGAAUCACCAAGGAAAUUAAAUAAUUCAACUGGUUUGUCAAAAAAGAAGAGUGGAAAUAUAUCAAGAAAAGCUAGUUCCUUUAUUUAUAGAAUAUCAAGAAAUGAUAAGAAGCGUGGAUCAUUUUCUAGUAAAAAAGGUGAAUAUAUUAUAGAAGAUGAGGAUAAACCAAAAAUAACAUUCAGAGAAUUUUUGAGUUGCCCAUUAGAAUAUCAUACGAAUUUAAUGGGUACAAUUCUUUUUAUAUUUGGAAGUGCAUUUUUUUUGUAUCAACCUUUAUAUAUAUCAGGUUGUGUUAUUUUUGCAAUUGCAUGUGCAUUAUGUUUAUAUAGUAAUUUUAUAGGAGCUAUUAAUAAAGAACAAAGGAAAAAUAAUGAAUACUAUGGAUUCGUUCUUUAUAUAAUAGGAUGUGUUGUAUUUCUAUUGGGCUCAAUUUAUAGUUGUUUUGAAAAUGAUUCUUACGCAAUAAUAUCUUAUAUAAUUGGAAGUAUAUUUUUUUUAUUUGGAGCUAUUAUGUUUUUAUUUUCGAUAAAAUUUUCUCAAAUAAAAAGAAUUGAUAUUAAUAUAUUAGCUGUAUUCUUUUCUAAUUUUAUUGGAGGAAUUUUAUUUACUGUUGGAAGUGUAUUUUUUUUUUAUACUGAAUUAUAUGAUACAGCUUGUUACCUUUUUAUUAUAGGAAGUGUCAUAUUUACUUUGGGUGUAUAUUUCGACUACAUCAUUUAUAUAAAUAAUAAUUUCACCUUAGAUAUUGUAUAA